AUGCGCAACCCCCCCGCCCCCCGUCCCCCGUCGGUUUGCAGCGGCGGGAAGCGCAAGCCCCGCCCCCGCCGCGGCCCCGCCCCGUGCGAACACCCUCGGAGCUUGUCAUUGCGCGGCCAGCUCCCGCCUGGCGAGGGUCCUCCCUCCCGCGAGAACUUCUGGAACGCGGCGGGGCCUGGUUUGCAGCCGAGGCCGUGGUCGCCGCGGAUACCCGACCGAGCGGGGGGUGCCGCUGCUCUUCCUGAGAGGGUUUUUGACGUAGGCAAGCCCUUUGGAGACGGGGACGGUGGGUGGGUAGGGGCUGCGCGCACGCCACCACCAUGUGUGAGCGCCACUCUCCUCCCCGGAGAGGCGCCCGGCGGCGGCCAGCAGGUGUCCCGGGUGCCUGGGCGCCUGCGGCUGCUGGAACCCGCUGCUCGAGCCUGGCGGGACUCCCGCUUCCGCUGGCUCUGCCCGCGGCCCACGUGGGAGCUCUGCAUUGGAAUAAUUGGUGGAACAGGCUUGGAUGAUCCAGAAAUUUUAGAAGGAAGAACUGAAAAAUAUGUGGAUACUCCAUUUGGCAAGCCAUCUGAUGCCUUAAUUUUGGGGAAGAUAAAAAACGUUGAUUGCGUCCUCCUUGCAAGGCAUGGCAGGCAGCACACCAUCCUGCCUUCAAAGGUCAACUACCAGGCAAACAUCUGGGCUUUGAAGGAAGAGGGUUGUACCCAUGUCAUAGUGACCACAGCUUGUGGCUCCUUGAGGGAGGAGAUUCAGCCCGGCGAUAUUGUCAUUAUCGAUCAGUUCAUUGACAGGACCACCAUGAGACCUCAGACCUUCUAUGACGGAAGUCAUUCCUGUGCCAGAGGAGUGUGCCAUAUUCCAAUGGCCGAGCCAUUUUGUCCCAAAACAAGAGAGGUCCUCACAGAGACUGCUAAGAAGCUCGGACUUCGGUGUCACUCAAAAGGGACCAUGGUCACAAUCGAGGGACCUCGUUUUAGCUCCCGGGCAGAAAGCUUCAUGUUCCGUACCUGGGGGGCAGAUGUUAUCAAUAUGACCACAGUUCCAGAGGUGGUUCUUGCUAAGGAGGCUGGAAUUUGUUAUGCAAGUAUUGCCAUGGCAACUGAUUAUGAUUGCUGGAAGGAGCACGAGGAAGCAGUUUCAGUGGACCGGGUCUUAAAGACCCUAAAAGAAAAUGCCAAUAAAGCCAAAAGUUUACUCCUCACAACCAUACCUCAGAUAGGGUCCAUGGAAUGGUCAGAAACCCUUCAUAACUUGAAGAAUAUGGCCCAGUUUUCUGUUUUACUACCAAGACAUUAAAAUAGCAUGACUUCCCAGAAGAAGAGAAGACUGUAAUUUCAAUCAUUUUGGGAUGCUUACUUGAAAAAAAAACUUGUCUGCAAAGCAAGGGGGACAUGUGGUAAGAAAAACAAGACACCAUGUGUAUUAGAGACUCCUAAAAGACUCGGACUUCUUCAAAACAGAGAAGAAAAGCAAACGACCAGUAAGCAUGUGGUGAAAAGUACUGUCUUUUAGGCAAGAACCCAAGAUACCAUUUUCUUCUCCCCUGUUAAAUUUGCAACAAUAAAGGAUAAACGGUAAUAUAUUCAGACUCCUAUGUUGCCAAGAAAUAUAAGGAAGAACUGGAACUCCUUAACUAUUUAUUGAUGUGACUGUAAAUUUCGGGAGGGCAGUUUGAUAAAAAUGCAUCAAAAGGCUUAAAAAUAUAUACUUUGUACUGAGUACUCAUAGGAUUUCUCCCUAAAAACUAUCAGAUUCAAAGCAUUGUAUAUAAAGAAGGAUGUUUAAUAAUGUUAGUUAUAAUAACAUAUUUAAAAUACUCUGAAUAGUCAACAAUUGGAGGUCAAUUAUGAUUUAGUUAUAGUUAGAUGUGAAUCAGCCAACUGAAGAUCCUUUUCACAUAAUAUUUUAAUGUUUUUUAGAAAUGUUUGCUCUAUGACAUGGAAUGAAACACAGGAUUUGUAAGUGUUUUGUCGUACUAGUUAUGUUUUGAAAUGUUAUCUAAAUGUACAAAAAGACUAGAAAGAAUUUGGGUGCCCCCAUUUCUUUUGGGGCACCCAAAGAAAUGGAAUUAUUUUUUGAAUGGGAGGGGUCUGGAGACCUCUGGUAGUACAGGCUACCCCAACUACCAGCUAGUAUUGUGAAAGGCAGCAGUCGGUGAUUUUGUUGUUGUUGUUGUCGUUUUUGAGAUUCUUUCAACACAUUUGCCCAU